CGAUACCCUCUCUCUCUCUCUCUCUCAACUCAUCACACGACCAAAUAUGGAAGCCUCAGUCUCUUCCUUCACACAAAUGGCAACUCCAACUUCCUCCAACAACACUCUCUUAGGAAGAAGCCUUCACAUCUCAAAACAUGCAAGCUUUACCAGAAAACCAUGCAACCAGAACCAGCAGCUAGCUAUGAAAAAACCAAGCACAAAAGCUUGGAGGGUUGCAGCAAUUCAUCAUGUUCCGGUUGUAGUGGAUCCAACCCCGGUUGCCAUCACUUGGCAAAUUGUUGUUGGAGCCAUAGCUGGAGUUACACCUUUUGUGGUGGCUGGGAUUGAAUUCAGCAAAAGAAUAAUAGCACAGAAAAGAUGUGAGGUAUGUGGAGGGUCAGGGCUUGUUUUGACCAAAGAAGACUACGUCAAAUGUCCUGGAUGUGGUGGAUUUCUCCCUUGGCAGUCAUGGAAAAGAUUCUUUUCUGGCUAAGAUAAUUUUUUUUUCCUACCCUUAAUACAUUUUCCAUGAAGUUCGAGUGGGGACGUUUUAUUCAAUGUUAUGCUUCAAC